UUUCAUUGGCCCGUCGGUCCUCAAAACAUCGGAGUUGAGGUCGGCCGGUCGGACCUACUGGAACCUCCCUUCUCCUAUUACUCAUCGUUCAUAUCUUACAUCCACGAUGGGUAUGAGGUCGGUCUUUACGAUUGCGAGCGCCCGGAUUAUAUGUAAUGAUGUUUCUUUAUUCCGGACUUAACUGUUCACAAGUUGUCCGGCCUUUGAUGGUAUAAAUGUUAACUUCAAGAUGUUGGGAAAGAAAAUUAUCCACCUCCAGCUUGGGCUUUAGAGCAGUUCCCACCCCUCAAAGUCAGCCUGUUCCUUAUUUCUUCAUAGGAAUUGAAUUUUGGAGAACUCGCCGGCUAUCUUUACACGUUUGAAAUGGCCAUCUUAGUCACAGGAAGCACUGGCAAAACCUCCUUGCGCCUAGCGCAACUCUUGAAGGCAGCCGGCGUUCCCUACGUCCUUGCAACGCGCCGCGCUGUGUCAGAGCUCCCAGAGAGCUUCUUAACAACCAAACUGGAUUGGUUCGACAAGAGCACUUUCUCCAACCCUUUCAAGCAAGCCGAGAUCUCCGCAGUCUACUUGGUUCCUCCCGAGACCAUGGAACCCGCACCACAUAUGAACACGUUCAUUGAUCUAGCGGUCCAGCAAUAUGGUGUGAAGAAGUUUGUUCUUUGCGGUGGAACGUCUGCACAGAAAGGAGGCAUGUAUGUUGGGAAGGUGUGGAGUCAUCUUGAAGAGCUUGGGGUGGAGUUUGCUAUCUUGAGACCGACAUGGUUCAUGGAGAACUUCUCGGAGUGGCUGCACUGUGACGCUAUCAAAUCUGAAUCGACCAUCUAUUCCGCCGCUGAAGACGGCAAAAUCCCAUUCGUGUCCGCAGAUGAUAUUGCGGAGGCCGCAUGCGCUUUUCUGACGGGGAAGGCUAAGAUGGAGAAUAAGGACUACCUUAUCCUGGGUCCCGAAUUGUUGACUCAUGAUCAGGUCGCAUUAACUUUGUCCAACAUCCUCAACCGUCCGAUUAAGCAUGUCCGCAAAUCACAGUCAGAGAUGGUACAGCAAUAUCUCAAUGUCGGCGUCAAGGAGCUUUUUGCCAACUUCCUACCUUAUCUUGAGAUAACCGCAAAGGAGGGUAGUGAGGCAUCAUAUGAGAAUAAUUUCGAAAAAGUUACUGGCAAGAAGCCAAUCGAUUUCAGGGCCUGGGCUGAGAGGGAGGCGAAGAAAGGCUCCUGGAAUUAGCCUUCUGAAGCAGUGCCUUAGUUAACUCCACUCAUUCAUACUUCAUGCCUACGCGUGGAUAUUCCAAUCAA